UACUAUUUUUACUUCAGGUAGUUAUUAACGACGGUUUUGAUUUUUUUUUUUUUUAAGUAUAUGAUUGCAAAUAAAAAGCUAGUUACAUUUCUUUGCUGACCUCCGGGUGUCACUGUAUCAUCUGAAAAAUAUAGAAGUAGUUGUCCCUCCCCUCACAAAGCCUUUGUUUCAUAUCUAGAGCGGGGUAGGCAUAUGAUCCAAGCACUCCGGUGGCUGUUUCCUUAUUUUGCAUUUAGUAGCGAAACUAACAAUUUGACAUAUGCUGUCGCAGUAAACGUAGUUAGUGUGUGUUUGUAAGUCGAACAUAAAUAAUGGGGACGAACAGAAGGCGUCAAACAACGGACUACUAUUUUUUUAUGAUUCGCUUGUCUCUUCUGCUGUUUUGCGGAAAACUGUCUCAUGCUCAGAUACGUUAUUCUGUUCCUGAGGAGGUGAAAGAGGGAACUGUUGUUGGAAAUGUUGCAAAGGAUCUUGGUUUUGAAAUUUCGUCGUUGACCAACAGACGGUUCCGGGUUGUGUCUGGAUCCAAGGAUGCAUUUUUGGAGGUAAACCGGGACGAUGGGGUUCUCUUUGUUAAUAGGAAAAUCGACAGAGAGGAGCUCUGUCAAGGGAGCGGUGCCUGCUUAAUGGAGUUAAAGAUUCUAGUCGAAAACCCUUUGGAAAUGCAUCAUAUUGUUGUAGAUAUUUCCGAUGUAAAUGACCACUCUCCUGGUUUUCCCGAGAAAGAACAGACAUUUGAAAUAUCUGAACAGACAUUACCAGGAAAGCGUUUUCAGCUACACACAGCUCGUGAUCCAGAUGCUGGAAUUAACUCUAUUCGUACAUACACUUUGACUUCAAAUGAACAUUUUGAAGUAGACAUCCGUCAAAGUGACGAAGAUAAAAUACCGUUUUUGGUGCUGAAGAAAUCGUUAGACAGAGAACAAAAGGACAAACACACGUUGCUACUGACAGCGAUAGAUGGAGGUAAACCUCAAAAAUCAGGAACAUUGAACGUUACUAUCAUUGUUCUUGACAGUAAUGACAAUCGCCCAGUGUUUAGUCAGGAGAUUUAUCAAAUUGAAAUACAGGAAAAUGUCCCAAUCGGUACUUCAAUUUUUAAAAUGAAUGCAACAGAUCCAGAUGAAGGCACCAAUAGUGAGAUUCAAUACAGUCUUGGAAAAACUCUGAAGAAAAAAGUGUAUGACAUUUUUGAAUUGGACAAAUUAACUGGAGAAGUAAGGGUAAAAGGAAUGUUAGACUAUGAGGAGAACAACGUUUAUAGACUUGAUGUUGAGGCCUCUGAUAAAGGAACACCUCCACUGACUGGUGAGUGUAGAGUCAUUAUAAAAAUUAAAGAUAUCAAUGAUAAUCCACCUGAAAUAGAAGUCACAUCACUGUUAAACUCAGUGCCUGAAGAUUCAAAGCCUGGAACAGUUAUUUCUCUACUUAGUGUUUCGGAUAAGGACUCUGGUGUCAAUGGAAAAAUAAUUACAAGCAUAACCUCAGAUGUUCCCUUUGAAUUAAAACCUUCUUAUAAGGAGAACAUAUAUUCAGUUGUCACCACAGAACUUCUGGAUCGAGAGCAGGUGCCAACUUAUGACAUAACAAUAAAAUCCACUGAUUGUGGUGACCCUCUCUUAUCUACUUUUAAAGCUCUCAGUAUUCAGAUAUCAGAUGUAAAUGACAAUAAACCAAAGUUCUCUGAAAACCCUUUACAGUUUUAUCUGGUAGAAAAUAACGUUGCUGGAGGGUCAAUAUUCUCUGUGAGCGCAACAGAUGAAGACAUAAAUGAAAAUGCAGCUAUUUCAUAUCAUAUUGUGAGAGAGGGAAGUCAAAAUGGUAUGACAUCAUUUAUUAAUGUAAACCCUGUAAACGGACACAUAACCGCGUUGAAAAGUUUUGACUUUGAAACAGUGAAAACGUUCCAGUUCCAAGUUGUGGCCACAGAUUCUGGAACUCCGUCACUAAGCAGCAACGUCACAGUGAACGUGUUCAUUCUGGAUCAGAACGACAACGCUCCAGUCAUCCUGUAUCCAGUCAGCUCCAACGGGUCUGCUGAAGGUGUGGAGGAGAUUCCCCGCAAUGUGAACGCAGCACACUUGGUGACUAAAGUCAGAGCCUAUGACGCUGAUAUAGGAUAUAACGGCUGGUUACUGUUUUCACUGCAGGAAGUGACUGAGCACAGUCUCUUUGCUUUGGACCGCUAUACAGGACAGAUCAGAACACUUCGCUCAUUCACAGAGACAGACGAGGCUGAGCAGAAACUGGUCAUACUGGUCAAAGACAAUGGCAACGUUUCCCUCUCUGCAACAGCUACUGUCAUUGUCAAAGUUGUGGAGCCCAAAGAGGCUUUUGCGGCUUCUGAUGUUAAAAGUGCAACAAACGAUGAUGAGGAGAGUAAUGUCACUUUUUAUCUCAUGAUAACGUUGGCCUCAGUUUCAGCACUUUUUCUCAUCAGCAUCAUCGUGCUCAUUGCAAUGCAGUGCUCCAAAUCCACAGACUACACUUCCAAAUACCUACAAGAGACUAAUUAUGACGGGACACUGUGUCACAGCAUCCAGUACAGAUCUGGAGAGAAACGCUACAUGUUAGUGGGACCCAGAAUGAGUAUAGGAUCUACUAUAGUCCCGGGCAGCCAUGCCAACACACUAGUGCUCCCUGACAGGAGGAGGACUUCUACUGAGGUAAGAGCAUUUAGCCCUACGUCAUAAAUAUUGCUAAUCGCCUGUUUGUAACCGCUGUCCAUGGUGCUGAUGCGUUUGCUUCAUGUUGACAAGCAAGGGAGAGUCUAAGAAUAUAGAAAACAUGGCUCUGUUUUCUGACACAAGGGCUGUUUGUUUUCAAAUGGUGCAUAUCAUACUCAAAUGAGAAAUAUUUUAGAGGGAACAACGUUUUGUUUUUUUUUCUGUUGAGUUACGUCAUGUGUUAUGAGUUUCUUCAAAUGCUGAGCAAUAUUUACUUGAACGUUUGACUUAUAAAUCAUUUCAAUAUAACUGGCGCUCAAUUGAUACUGAAAUAUAUUAGGUAUUUGUGUUCCAGUUGAAGAUAAUAUGCAAAAUAAUCAUAAACACUUUCAAUA